AUGGAUGAAGUACUCGUGUUGAAAGGGACAAUGUGCGCCCACACCGAUACCGUCACCGCCAUCGCCACCCUCGCCGACAACUCCGACAUGAUCGUCACAUCUUCCCGUGACAAGUCGAUCAUCCUCUGGAAACUCAACAAGGACGAAAUAUCCUACGGCGUCGCUCAGCGCCGCCUCACCGGCCACUCACACUUCGUCACAGACGUUGUUCUCUCCUCAGACGGACGAUUCGCUCUCUCCGGAAGCUGGGACGGUGAGCUUCGUCUCUGGGAACUCUCCACUGGAGUCUCCACUCGACGUUUCGUGGGACACACGAAAGACGUUCUCUCUGUUGCUCUCUCACCUGAUAACCGUCAGAUCGUGUCUGCUUCUCGUGACGGUACGAUCAAGCUGUGGAACACGCUUGGAGAGUGUAAGUACACGAUCUCCGACCAAGGUGAGGGACAUAAGGAUUGGGUUAGUUGUGUUAGGUUUAGUCCUAACACGCUUGUUCCGACCAUUGUGUCUGCUUCUUGGGAUCAAACCGUGAAGGCAUGGAAUCUUCAGAACUGUAAGAUUAGGAAAACUCUUGCUGGGCACUCUGGUUACGUGAAUACUGUGGCUUUGUCACCGGAUGGGACUCUGUGUGCUAGUGGUGGGAAAGAUGGUGCGAUCUUGCUUUGGGAUUUGGCUGAAGGGGAGACGAUUGACUCUCUUGAGGCUGGCUCGAUUGUUCACUCUAUUUGCUUUAGUCCCGAUAGGUAUUGGUUGUGUGCAGCGACGGAGAAUAGCAUUAGGAUGUGGGAUCUCGAGACAAAGAUUGUUCUUGAGGAUUUGAAGGUUGAUCUUAAGGCUGAGGCUGAGAAGUCUGAUGCAUCUGUCGGAAACAGAAACGGAAACAAGACUAAGGAGAUAUACUGCACGAGCUUGAACUGGAGCGCAGAUGGAAACACAUUGUUCAGUGGGUACACAGAUGGAGUUGUCAGGAUUUGGGGUACCCCCUAG